AUGAUUGUUGGAUCAUCAUACGUUUGGCAAAACCUUGAAAGAAUGGUGGGAAGGCAGGACUGGAGGAAGUUGAAGUUUGACAAUAACAGAUUAAGGAGCGGAAUAGGGAAGUGUUUGGGGACGAUGGAAAGGAAAGAAGAGAAGAAGUUUAAGGGAGAAUUAAGGAGCCGUCCUUUUUUCUUUCUUUAUCCCUGCAUCAACUGA